AUGGCACUGGCGCUUCUUCCUGUUCAUCACGCGGAUCGAACUCUAUACAAUCCUCUCCCCUUCCCGAACCUCCCAUUUGCGACCGCUAGAAUGGAGCAAGAAACCAAGUUCAGGCCUUCCUUGCCCUCAAUUUCGAGUCUCAUCUCGGCGGUCGCUGAACCCUCUGACAAGAGAAAUGACCCUUCGCCUAUAUACGACUCUUCUCGGAGAGUGUCUGCUGGAUCACAUGGCAACAGGGUAAGCCCUGAGCGCCCUCGUGUAUCAGAGAGUCCGCGAAAUCUCCCUCCACCUACGCCGGAACUGCCUCCCGCCUCGAGUUUUGGCUUUCCACGCCCAUCACCUAAUGUAUCGCCCACAGGCGUUUCCACCCGCAGCAAUUAUUAUCUUUCCGUUUCAACGAGCACAAAACCAGAAACCUAUACACAACGAAUCUCCACAUAUCCACCAAAUCCCAAUGCUUCGACGACCUAUUCACCUAUAUCUGAAACUCCCCACUGGUCUCCAGCCCCUCUGACCCGGCAAGGCACAGAUUCUGUGCAUGAUCAGGUUAGUAGACAACCGCCGGGCUAUAUUGAGCCUCCCCACGAAGCUCCGGCGUACAACGGGCUCGUCCAUCAAAGGCCACUCCCAGCGAAUUUUCCGCCUCCUCUUCCAGGACCAGGACUACCAUCUAUAGAGACACAAAUCGCACCAACAUGGCAGCAUCAUCAUUAUUACCCGCCAGCCAAUCCGCCAGCUUAUCCACAAACCCAAGAACGGUACAUUUGUCCGACUUGUAACAAGCCUUUUUCACGACCAAGUUCAUUGAAGAUCCAUACAUAUUCACAUACCGGAGAGAAGCCUUACAAAUGCAAACAUGAGGGUUGCGGGAAGUAUUUCAGUGUUAGGAGUAACAUGAAGAGGCACGAAAAGGGUUGUCAUGGAGGAGCCACUUCAACUGCCCCAGGAACCAGUCCAAAAGCAGGCUAA